CUGCGAUAAGAAUGGCCCCCUUCAAUAUGGCGGGCGUAGCAGGCCUUCUAGCCACCUGCGCCGCCGCUGCUGCUUCCGCUGCCCACCUUCUGCCGUUGCUGCUGUUGCUGAUCUACCCGCGAGGGACUCACGCGGAACAAGUUGUUCUCUUGGACACGACGCAGGAGGAGAAGCUCGAGUGGACAAAGUAUCCGUUCGGAGCGGCUGCUAGCACCCCAGGGUGGGUGGAGGAGUCGUUCACCAACUUCGACAAGGGCAUCAAUUGGCGGAGUUACGUCGUCUGCGAUGUCGCGUACAACAACGUGAACAAUUGGUUGUGGACGCCGUUCAUCGAGAGGGGACCGGCGAACCGCAUGUACAUAGAAAUCAAAUUCACGACCCGCGACUGCUCGUUGUUCCCCGGAAACGCGCUCAGUUGCAAGGAAACUUUCAGUUUGCUUUACUACGAGUUCGACGCGGCCACCAAGGAACCACCGCCAUGGGAAACGGACAGUUACAAGUUGAUCGGGCGUAUCGCCGCUGGUGACGGGAGAUUCAACACGAACACGAACACGGAGGUGGUGAUAAACACGGAGGUCAAGUCGAUUCCCGUGACGAAGAAGGGCGUGUAUUUCGCGUUCCGCGAUCAAGGAGCUUGCAUCUCCAUCUUGGCUAUUAAAGUUUACUACAUCAGUUGUCCGGAGAUUUCCGUGAACUUUGCCCACUUCCCGGCCACCCCGACGGGUCGCGAAGUCGCGCUGAUCGAACAAACGGUCGGCACGUGCGUCGACAACGCCGAAGUGAUCGAGCAACCCACUUACCUCUGCAAAGGCGACGGCAAAUGGUACCUGUCGAACGGCGGAUGCCACUGCAAGCCCGGAUACCAAGCCGACGUCGAGAAACAGAAAUGCACCUCGUGCCCGAUCGGAAAAUUCAAACACGAGGCAGGCUCGCACAGCUGCGAACCCUGUCCUGCUUACAGCAAGUCUUCCGAUUACGGGUUCACCGAAUGUCGCUGCGACGUUGGUUAUUUCAGAGCCGAGAAGGACCCCAAGAAGAUGCCGUGCACGCAGCCACCGUCGGCGCCGCAAAAUCUGACGGUGAACUUCGUCGACCAGUCUACCGUGAUUCUGUCCUGGAACGCGCCUCAUAUGCUGGGUGGUAGAACGGACACCACCUACAGGGUGGUUUGCGACGCUUGUAGCAUGGGCGUCAAGUACAUUCCGAACACCGAGGUCUUCAACGAUACGAAGAUCACGAUAACGGGACUGAACGCGGUAACCACCUAUCGAUUCCAAGUGUUCGCCGAGAACGGCGUGUCGGCGUUGGCCGGGAAAUCCGAGUACGUGGACAUUACUGUCACCACGGAAGCCAGCGUGCCCAGCUUGGUGAGCAACGUCAGGAUCACGAGCGUGAAGAACUCCGAAUUAAGUAUCAGCUGGGACGCUCCCGUGACCGAAGUCGGCGGAGAUAGCGAUCUGGUGGAACGAUACGAAGUGAGAUGUUAUCCGCGCUACGACGACGCUACCAAUGCCACGGUCAUUCAAACCUCGGAUUUAUCCGCCACGUUUAAGGGCCUGAAACCGGCGACGGACUACGCGAUACAAGUACGGGCGAAAACCACGCGUGGCUGGGGCGAAUACACGCCAGUGGUGUACAAAAAGACCCCGCACGCUAUGGGAGGUCUAGAUUACGUUGGAGAGGACGACAACAUGCAAGUGAGAAUCAUUGCAGGAGCCAUCGUGGCCGUGGUCGUUCUUCUGGUGAUCAUCAUCAUCAUGACCGUCUUGAUACUUAGAAGCAGGGCCUCGGACGAGUGCAACAAGAAACAGCCGAGCGACUGCGACACUUUGGAGUACAGAAACGGUGAAGGACUAGUUGUGACCUACAUGCACUGCAAAAUGGACAGUUCACCGAUUGUGACAACCCACACCAACAACAAGAGCAAGUCCUCGCUGACCACGCCGCUGUUCACGCCUGCAGUGGGUGUCGCCGCCGCGAGUGCCGGAGGAGCUGGCGGAGGAGGCGCGAGAAGCUACGUGGAUCCUCACACCUACGAGGACCCGAAUCAGGCCGUUCGCGAGUUUGCGAGAGAGAUCGACGCGGGAUACAUCACGAUAGAAGCCAUCAUAGGUGGCGGAGAGUUUGGCGACGUUUGUCGUGGAAAAUUAAAAUUGCCGCCCGACGGUCGAACGGAGAUCGACGUGGCGAUCAAGACGCUGAAACCGGGUUCCGCGGAUAAGGCACGCAACGAUUUUCUCACCGAGGCCUCGAUCAUGGGUCAGUUCGAGCACCCGAACGUGAUAUUCUUGCAAGGUGUCGUGACCAAGAGCAAUCCGGUGAUGAUCAUCACGGAGUUCAUGGAGAACGGCAGCCUGGACACUUUUCUUCGAGCGAACGACGGCAAGUUCCAGGUGCUGCAGCUGGUAGGGAUGCUUCGCGGCAUCGCGAGCGGUAUGCAAUAUCUAGCCGAGAUGAACUACGUACACCGAGAUCUGGCAGCGAGGAACGUGCUGGUGAACGCUACUCUGGUCUGCAAGAUCGCCGACUUUGGCCUUAGCAGGGAGAUCGAGAGCGCGACGGAGGGAGCGUACACGACCAGGAGUGUUUCCUCCGGCAAAAAGGGUGGAAAGAUCCCGGUACGAUGGACAGCUCCGGAAGCGAUAGCGUUCCGAAAGUUCACCAGCGCUUCCGACGUGUGGAGCAUGGGCAUCGUUUGCUGGGAGGUGAUGUCCUACGGCGAAAGACCGUACUGGAACUGGUCUAAUCAGGAUGUGAUAAAGUCGAUCGAGAAGGGAUACAGGCUCCCGGCACCGAUGGACUGUCCGGAGGCGAUCUAUCAGCUGAUGCUCGAUUGCUGGCAGAAAGAACGAACCCAUCGUCCGACGUUCGCCAAUCUCACCCAGACGUUGGACAAGCUUAUACGAAGCCCGGACACGUUGAGGAAAAUCGCCCAGAACAGGGGCACUAAUCCACUGGCGCCGGACGCGGUGGACUUGACGCAGCUGACAUCGGUCAGCGAAUGGCUCAACUCCAUCAAGAUGUCGCGAUACACGGAGAACUUCGAGAGGUCCGGGGUAACCACCCUGGAGGCAGCUGCGCGCGUAACCGUUCAGGAGCUGACGGCACUCGGAGUGACGCUAGUUGGACACCAGAAGAAGAUCAUGAACAGCGUGACGGCGCUCAGAGCACAGAUGUCCGCCACGUCGCAGGGCUUUCUCGUUUAAUCGCGCGCUCUUCGCGAAUUAUGAGAUUUUUCACGCGAAAAGCCAGCUUCGAUCUGUCGCGAUCGACGCCGGGAUUCGAUGUCCCAUCGACCUGACGGAUCGCGUUCGUUCGAGGGACGCGUCGAUCCUAGCGACUCCUAGUCAGGACGACGGACGUUUUCGCACGAAAGCACGCCUCCUCUGCGUCGAGUAUCGCGGCCCCAGGCUCGAGGAAUAGUGGAACCGCGUAUCGUAGACAUUCCAACGGCGAUCGAAUUCUGCCUUCUCCAUCCCACGAUUAAAAAAGACGACGAAGCUCGUGCGUGACGAUCUACCCGAACGUGAACUAGCGAAAGUAACGCGUAUCUUCUUGUCGAAUGUCCAGAACCAGCUUUCGAGUCUCCCUUGUCUUUCUCUUCUCGAAUCGUCGUUACCGGUGGGUCGUCGCCGCGUCGAGAAAAACGGAACUGCCAUUGUAUAAUCACUGCCGUAAAAUUAACACGUACGAAAGUAUGUUAACCCCAACGCGAAUAUCUGCUCACCGUCGAGACUCUCCACGCACUGAAUCGUUGCUCACACGUACACGCGUACGGAGGAAACGUCGUACUGGACUUUUUAUGUUUUCACGUCAAACCGUUAAUCAUCAACGAAGCCAGCCUUGUAUCGCAGCGUUCCUAACUUGUUCUCCGCGAUGCUCGCUACGUCGAACCAUUACGCUCGUGUAUCCAUGCAUACAGUUUCGAACGUGCUUACGGUACAGACCAUUGCGCGAACAAAUCAGACGGCCUAAAAAGAAUUUCAACGAUGAUGCGCCUUCUGUGUCUCGCUUCUCUGCGCUACCAGAAAUUCGAGCGAAUCGUGGUCAACGAUCGAUCGCCGCAGAGACAGACUCUCGCGAAAUACCUAUAACCGAUGUAAACGAAACUAGGGCCGAGAGAGAAAAGCGAAAAGUCUUCGAUAACGAGCCUAAUGCCGUAUUUUACGUCCCGUACAGCGAAUAUUUUGUAGCUCUUGUUUAAUAGCGCUUAAUCGAUGUACAAACUACGACGAAGAAUACACGCUUGAUAUACGCGAUCGUGAUACACACGAGUAAAUCCAUACACCGUUACGCUUUGAUCCGACUGUUGCGAGAAAGCGAUAAAACCGAUGUCGAAAACGAUCGAAAUUACCGGCGUAGAGUGUACGUACGACGAGAAAAUUACCGAAAGGGAGAGAAAAAUAAAGUAUAUAGGUACCUGUUGAUUGAACGAACGAAAAUGACGAAUAAAGAAGCAGGAAUAUGUGCCAAUAAUGCGAAGAGAGGAAGAAAGCGUGCGUGUACGAGGGGAAAUGUUUGCGUGAAAGAGAAAAGAGAAUGGUGCGAGCGUGUCGAUCCGUAAUGAAAUACCUAUGCGUGCGUAUUCCAAGAGAAAGAUAGAUAAUACCGUGGAUCAUUUGGAAGGCGAGGUUUGAAAUUUACACGUGGGCAAAUCGUCGAACGCGCGCGUUGCCCCUCGACGUAACGUAAAACAUAUCAAGGCGUAUUUAGAAAAAUGGGAAACGAACGAAGUGGGAGUCGAAACGGGCGAUAUCUAUCGGUAGUUUCUCGACGAACCAACCGGCGAUCUGACGGCUGCUUCGAAACGAUGGAGUAUCCUGUCGCCCGUUCGUUCGCACAAUUUCAUCGUAAACGCAACGUCCACGAAGGUUAGCGUGUACCGCGCGCGUAGCAACGACGAUGUUUAGGUUCGUUUGAGGGAAGGAAGAAGGCUCGUUUCGUCCGAACGGAUGGUCUGUAUCUCGUUACACAUCCGCGUUCGCUGAUCGUAAAGACUGCUUCCCAGGCAGACUGAAGUCGAGGAGAGAAGAGGCCCGUUGAAUUCGACGAGGCUGAACCUUCGUCGGAAAAUCGUCGAUCGACGAACAACUCGAACGCUUCCAAGCACCUCGGGCGAGCCACGGGAAAUUUUUAUUCUUAAUUUAACGAGUUACGCUAGGAUUAUAGCUGGUAAGGACGACGCCACGAUGGACGAUCGGAAGGAAACCGCGAACGGAGGUAUCUGUCGAUCGAACGACACGAGAGACGACAAAAUUCAGUUGAUCCUGCGAUCGAUCCAUCGGUGCGACGAGCCUCCCAAUUAGGAGAUUCUCACUCGAGGUCGUUCCGUUAGCAUCGAAGAAAUGCCAAGGAAGGUCCUGGAGGAGGAGGAGGCUUUUGUUCGAUGCGCAGCAUUCCGUGACAGGCGGUGGAAGGUUGCGCGGCGAAUCUGAACAGCUCUGUUAGGGGAGAAAGAGAACGGAAAGCUACUGAAAACGGCGACGAUUUAAGAAGCAAUAAGUGAAUACACGCAAAUGCAGAUUUUUAUAUAGAGAAUGUUAACAAAUUUCAGAAAAUAUUAAUUAUCGAUAGCGUAAAACUAUCUUCCUAAAUGUUCGUAUUAAAGGUUAAUGAGAAAUAAGAUAAAGCGUAACGAGCGACGAACUCGCGUGGAGUCCCAACCGAACGCCAAGAUAUCGAGAGAGAUCGAAUGCGAGUCAACGAGAGAGAAAGAGUGAGAGUAUGUUCGCGUGUAUGAGAUAAAAAGAGAGAGCAGCAUCGCCGCGCUAUAAAUCUAAUUUGCCGCGAUCGACCGGACAAACUUCGGCCGGGACUCCGCAAGAGAACAAAAGGGAAAAAAAGAACGAGUUUCAGGAACUUUCAGCUGUAACUGUUUGUGUCUAGUGACGAACCUGCGAGUGCGACCUGAAGUUUUGAGAAUGUCGAUAGUUUCAGCAAAAUAAUAUUUAGAUUUCAUAGAUCUCUAUCGAUAUUACACGAUCGUAGACACGAAACGAGCAGAUGAUAAUUAGUUAGAGCGUAAAGGAUAUCUUAUUAGAGACGUUUUCCGAUUCCAUUUUAGUCCUUCGAGUUUUGCCGCUUAAUGGCGACCCUCUUUAACCCGAAUAAUCGCCUCUGUUUUCUUUUUCUUCUUUCCUACCGACGCUAUCACCCUCUAACUUCUAUUUCGCUUACACUUUUCAAAGCUUUCGAUCGUACUUCGUGUCCACGUAUUUUCGUUGUCUCUCUUUCUCUCUUUCACGCGUACAACGAUACUGUCUCUUCCCCUCUGUCUCUCCGGUAAUUAAUACGCGGAGCGUUUUUUAUUUCGUUAAGAGACGGGGACCCGAGAAACGAGGAUAUCGAGCAAAAAGAAACAACGAUAGGAAAGUAUCUUAAUCGCGUAAGUCGAAUCAAAAUUUUUCCCAAUUCGUACGACUUCGGUUAUUAGCUUCUUCUCCUGUCGUCUUCCUUUUUCUUUAACUAUUUUUAUACCGCCGUUCCUCUUCUAUUCCUCUCUAUCACUCUCUCUCUCUCUCUCUCUCUCUCUCUUUCUCCUCCUGUUUAUUAUCAUUAUUUUUUUUUAAUAAUCGUUAUUCUUUCCGUCGGGGAAUUAAAUGAAAAGUCGUUGACGAACUUCCUCGCAAGGCUCUUUCACUUUAAUAUCUGUAUUCGAUUAACACUUCCGUAUUACUAUUUAUUAAAAGCAAACAAAGUCUUAUUUAUUGUUUAGAGAUCUGACUAAAUUAAAAAAGAACGUUCUAAUCGUGGUAGGUUAUCUAUUCACUUUGUUAGAAUUGUGCAAAAGGGGACGAGAGAAAGGAAGCAAACAAAAAAUGUGCAUUGUUUUCUUUGAUCUUGGAGUUUCCGAACAACUCUGCCGCCGUGUAUAAAAGAGACUAAGGAAAGAAAAGAAAUGCCGUAACGCAACAUCGUACAUACGAUCGUCGAGUCUCUAAGCAGCUAUGUUAUCGAUUAGUUAAGCGUUUUUUAUAAACGACCUACGUGCACCUUCAAUUUUUCUGCCAUUUUUUUUUCUUUUUUUUUUAUCUUAAUUACUUUUUCUGUCAGUCUGUUUACAGCGAACUUUGUCAAAGUACCUGCUUCGAAAACGAAAAGCAAACAAACAAACAAAAACGAAUAAAAAGAAAGAAAAGCAUAUAUGAAAUUCGCGAGAUGACAAAGCACACAGGUACCGUCCCGUAUAUAUUAUAAAUAGCUCAUCUACUAUCACGUACACGCAUCAUAAUUUAUGUAUACUCGUCGAACUGAGUUUUUAUAGAAUUGGUUCAACGAAUUGCCACCGUGUGUCCUCGAUUCAUUGUAUAAAACAAAGCGACAAAGCGCAACAGAUGCAAUAAGAGAGUUGAUGUCAACAGAUUUUGGAAUGUGUCUAAAACAUUUUUCCUAUGGUGUUGUCAAGACGAUGUUGAAUGUAAAUAAGAUAUAAUAAAUAAUAUACCUUAUACGA